UUGCGUGAGCUGGGUGUUUCCUGCCUCUCUCAGUCCGGGUUUGGAGACUCCGGCGUCCUCCGACUUUUCAUGGAAGAGAUGUCAGGAGAAAGUGUGGUGAGCUCAGCGGUGCCAGCGGCUGCUACCCGCACCACUUCCUUCAAGGGCACGAGCCCCAGCUCCAAGUACGUGAAGCUGAAUGUGGGCGGGGCCCUCUACUACACCACCAUGCAGACGCUGACCAAGCAGGACACCAUGCUGAAAGCCAUGUUCAGCGGGCGCAUGGAGGUGCUCACUGACAGCGAAGGCUGGAUCCUUAUCGACCGGUGUGGGAAACACUUCGGCACGAUACUCAACUACCUUCGUGACGGCGCGGUCCCCUUGCCCGAGAGCCGCCGGGAGAUCGAGGAGCUGUUGGCAGAAGCCAAGUACUACCUGGUCCAGGGCCUGGUGGAAGAGUGCCAGGCAGCCUUACAACAGAACAAAGAUACUUAUGAGCCUUUCUGCAAAGUUCCCGUCAUCACCUCAUCCAAGGAAGAGCAGAAACUUAUAGCGACUUCAAAUAAGCCGGCUGUGAAGCUGCUCUACAACAGAAGUAACAACAAAUACUCGUAUACCAGCAAUUCUGACGACAAUAUGUUGAAAAACAUAGAGCUCUUUGAUAAGCUCUCUCUGCGCUUUAAUGGAAGGGUCCUGUUCAUAAAGGACGUCAUUGGGGAUGAAAUCUGCUGCUGGUCCUUUUAUGGGCAGGGCCGCAAGAUCGCCGAGGUCUGCUGUACCUCCAUCGUCUAUGCCACUGAGAAGAAACAGACUAAGGUGGAGUUCCCAGAGGCCCGGAUUUAUGAGGAGACCCUCAAUAUCUUGCUGUACGAGGCCCAGGACGGCCGAGGACCUGACAACGCGCUCCUGGAGGCCACGGGCGGGGCGGCCGGCCGCUCCCACCACCUGGACGAGGACGAGGAGCGCGAGCGCGAGCGCAUCGAACGUGUGCGGCGCAUCCACAUCAAGCGGCCGGACGACCGGGCACACCUCCACCAGUGAGCGAGCGAGCCAGCCGCCUCCCACCUCCCUCCUCCCCUGCUCUUCACUCCGACUCCUGCGGGCUCCGGGUGCCUUCCACUUUCCCCGGAGGCUCGAGAUACUUUUGUAAUAAGCCAGAUGAUUAUUUUGAUAUUUUUUGACCAGGUGACUGUCUGUCCCCAGGCGAAUGCACCCUAGUUCUUGAGCAAGCCGAGUCCAAGGUCUCCCCCUUCCGCGGGAAUCGGGGACUCCUUGGAGCCAGGCUUUCUGGGUUCUCGGAGAAAAGUAUGAAUGGGUGUGAAGAGGAUGUGAGAAAUGUCGUUUGCGCUAUUUAUUUUUGUGGGUGUGGACUACCUAUUUGAACUUCGGGGUGGCAUUCCCUUGGGGUUCAGUUGGACAGCUCCAAGGGGGAUCCUGCCUCGGUGGCCACCAGAGGUUCCCGUGAGCAUCCUUUUUGGUUGUGUUCCCCUCCCCCAAGCACACUGGCUGCUGGCUCCUGUGUGCUAGCUGCGCAGCCGCCCGGUGUUUUGCUGAAAGCCCUUCGGCAGCAGGAUUUUGCGUCUAUAGCUUACUGGUAAAUGAUUGCAGUUUGUGGCGUGGAAGAUAGGACUCAUGAGCUCCGUGCCUCUAACUUGGCCUGGCCUGGCUCUGGGUGCCCCGCUCUGGGGCAGGGGCAGGCCUGUUGCCACCUGGGCUGACCUGGGGUCCCUGCUCAUGGGGACCCCACAUGCCUGGCCAAGGGCAGAACUGUCCCUGGCAUGGAGGGCUGGAGUCCCGACCCCUUCCCGCCCCUUCCCCCUGCCCUCCCUGUUGGCCAGCUCCAUGCUGGGAAGGCCGUCUGGCCUGGUUCCAGGUGAGCUCACACCCCACUGCUUCCUGGGAUCCUUUCCUCUGCCUUCGGCCUUCUUCUCUGUUAACUGGGCUCACUGUCUCAAGUAGAAGCCCUGCCUUUUGCUUAGAAAGCAGACGUGGCCCGGCCGUCGCCUGAGCCUGGCAUCCAGGCAGGAAGCCCACCCCCACCAGCAAUCUCCGGGCACCCGUCCCCCGGAGAUCCCCUUCAUGUCUUUGCCUCUGAUUUUUACAGUGUGGCCACGGUGAGCAGGAGCGCAAGGCUGUGCAGAUCCUUUGUGGUCCGGUUACGAGUGUGUGUUCGUGUUUAAGGGACGUGUGCGACUGUGGAGGGGACGUGUGCUUGUGGGGUGCAGGGGGCCAGCGCUGGAGCCCGGCCGUCCGCACAGUUGCUUCUGCAGGACGGACGUUCUCGGUGCCCUACCUCCCAGUCUCCUCUGCGCCCGUGAAGGGACAGAAGCGCGUUGUGGCUGAUGUGGCUGCGACUAGAUUAGGUAGAGUAGUUAGAGGGGAACGUGAGCGCGUGUGAAGGAAUGGAUGGGAUUUGUCUGCUUUUCAAGGGAAAUGUAACUGUUUUAUACCAAAGGUGUUAACGUGGGCAGCCUUUGACACCGUGUAUUCCAAAAAAACGAGUUUCUAUUUUGAAAUGGUUUUUAUGGCUUAGGCUUUGCACCUGCUGCCCUUCUCAGGACAGUCAUAGGCCUUUAUUUUGUAUCCAGCAGCAAAGCCUCCAAUAAAACUCUCAAUCUUGACUGAACCUAAAAAUCAUGUAUGGGGGUCGAUGCUUUUUAAACUGUUGUGUGUAGGAAACUUUCCUACCAGGCCCUUUGGAUUUUCUUAAGUGCACAGGAAAGGGGGCUUAGACACGGUUUCGUAAAUAUUUUAUAUACCGUUUCAGUUUUAAACACCAACCCUGGCAUUUGGGUUGAACUUUUUUUAGAAAGUUAAAGCAAAUGUCAGUUCUGACAUUUUCUGUAGGAAUGGAAAAGCCAUCCUAUGAAUUGUUUUUUAAAAUCUUUCUGUGAAGAGUAAGUCUGUGGAACAAUCGGAUUUGUUUGGGUGUCUACACUGUCUGAGCUCAUGUUUCUGGCAGUCUCUACACUUUUCCUACACUUGUUCGUUCUGAGUCUUUGCUUUCCUGGGAUCGGAACAGGUUCCUGAGACAUUCCGCGCUGAAGGAUUCCGUGAGCUGUGUAGCCAGGAGCUGACAGGAAGCAUUGGCUGGUCCAAGCUCUGUUGGCAAAUGUAUUCUACAAGGAACUGAUUUUUAUGUGAGCACGAAGGGCAAACAAAGGUCAAUAGUUAUACGGGAGAACCAUCUAAGUAAAAACGCUGGCCUGAGAUGCGGUCAAGUGUUUUAUUACAUUGUAAGAGCUUACAGUUAAAGUAGAACAGUUCUGGGUCCCUUGUCAUCAAGAAGUCCUUGUCUGUGGGGCCCGGGGGCCUGUGCCUGUGACAAUCUGGAGUAGCCUCUUCUGUCCCCUCCCCCUGCCCCCAGGUCAGCAGAGGAGCAGCCUGGCCGAGGAGCAGGGACCCCACCCUCGGCUUGUGCGUGCUCACCCGCACCCCACAGCGGCAGCUCGGGCCCCAGGUGUCCGCACCGCUCUGCCCUCCUUUAGGGCUCCACCCAGCGUCACUGUAGCGCACCUGUGUGUCACUAACCUUGCUCUCUGUGCUACGGGAAAAAAUGCUGUAAACAUUAGAAGUAGUCACUGUGUGUUGUACAAGCAUCUGUGGACGUGUGAAAUAAAAGUUACGUCAUGCUUCUGUUGAAA